AUGCAGAAUGACUGUUGUGUUCCUUCCCUUAUAACUUCAAUAUCCCUUACAUCACUCAUCGCACCUGCACUGCUAUUCAAGAAUAUCAUGCCUCUGGCUUUGAACUCCGUCCGGACAACAAGCCAUGUCUCGGUCUUGCGCAACGCACCUCCUCUCUUCAUAGGGGCAUCACGACUGCAUCGAACAACUCUUUUCCAGCAGAGCUUACGGGUCUUCCCAAAAUUUAUCCAAAAAGCAGUGUCGAAAGCGAUGACCCCAGUUGUAGCGCCAAUAGCGGUGCCUCCGGUAUUCGUAUCUAAACUGAUUAACGCCGAAACACGACAACGGCACCGCAUCAAGCGAAUGGCUGCCCAGCGAAUAUACCAGCAAAACGCAAGAAGACCGGCUGCAAAAAUCUACAAUGCCGGUCCGUUCUUGUAUUACGGCCAUACCGGCAGUAACUACUAUGACUAUGAUUCCGGCAAGAGCAAUAGUAACCCAUUUUCACGGAUUCUGCGCGCGUGUAUCCAAGGAUUUUGGUUAGCAUUUUGGUUAGGGGUUUUUGAUUCUUUCUCUGAUGUUAUUCAUGGCAGGGAAAAUGAUGAGUCGAGGGGUGAGGUUGGGAGGUUGAGGAAGGAGAAUAGCGAGUUGAAGGGGCAAAGUGAGGAGGAGUUUGAGGAUGAAGAGUUUGAUCGGCUUAUAAAUGUUUGA